AUGGAUUGUCUCGAUGGACGGGCUGAUGUGUCGCAUUUCGUAGUAUCUGAUCUGAGCGUUGGACGAGACGACGAGACGCGGGCUGGUGUCGUGGCUGUUGCGACGGAAGCUCUUGCGGAUCAUGUGCCUAAUCGGAUUGACGCGGUCACCUGGGAAGGAGGUGGUUUCCGCCGGGAGUAG